UCGCACGGGAAGAAAAGAGAGAACAAUGGCGACAUCCCUCCGCCGCCUCCUCCUCCUCCUUCUCCUCUCCGCCGUCGCGGCCGCCCCCGGUGCGGUGGGCGGUGCGGUGCACGACAUGCUCCCGGAGUACGGGCUCCCGCAGGGGCUCCUCCCGGACUCGGUGAAGAGCUACUCGCUCUCGCCGAGCGGGGAGUUCGAGGUGGAGCUCAAGGCGCCGUGCUACGUCCAGUUUUCCGACCUCGUGUACUACGAGAAAAAUAUCAAGGGGAAGCUCACCUACGGGAAGAUAUCCGACCUCUCCGGAAUACAGGCCAAGAAGGUCUUCAUCUGGGUCUCAGUCUCCGGCAUCGAGGCCCACCCGGCCGCCGGCACCGUCGAGUUCAAGGUCGGGUUCCUCUCCGAGACGCUCCCGGUGAGCGAGUUCGAGCGCAUCCCCGUCUGCAAGGCCAAGGCCUCCUGCCGCGGCGCCGCCGGAUUGGUUGCCGAAGGGCUUCGCAUCUCCGAGGAGUUCCAGCAAGCUUCAGAAAAUCCAGUCUUUUGAAGGAUGUAAUAUCAAUCUAAAACUUGUGUCCAGGGAAUAAACAGGAUUGCAUUGCAGAAAUUAUACGGGUAUGAACUUUUCAUGGGUGUACAUGUCGCUGUAAAACUAUUAUUGCGUAUGGAGAUUUGAACCCUUUCCAGAACCCUGGUUCUUUGUUUUUGGAUUGUGGAUAAUAAUGUAGUUAUUAAUUGGUAAAUAAUAGAGGCGGAAGGUUUUUCCUCUGCUAUUCAGUCA